AUGUCUGCAAAAGUUUCUAAACGUGUUGCAGUUGUCGGUGCAGGCAUUAGUGGUGUAGUCACAGCUGCACACUUGAGAAAAGAAGGUCUCGAAGUUGUUGUCUUCGAGCGGUCACUUGCUGCAGGUGGGAUCUGGCUCUACGACGAGCGCAAACCUCUUGAACCAACUUACCCCGCCAUCAUUCCUUCUCAAGCACAUUAUCAUUACGAUGGUUCGAAAAGGGCAAGCGAUCAGAAUAUAGAUGCACAGACUCAGCGAUUGAUACAUGCUCCACCAGGACCUUGCUACGUUGGACUCAAGAACAAUGUUGAAACACGAUUGCUACAGACCACCCUGAAUCCUUUUCCUGUUGGGACACCUGAUUUCGUGACCCAUAAUGUGCUCUUAGAUUAUAUUCAGGACACAGCCUUAGUAUCAGGAGUGCACGAUAUCACGAAAUAUGGCACAGAGGUCCAACAUCUUCGCAAGGAAGGCGAUGAGUGGUUGCUCACGGCCACGACACUUCAAGCUAACCAUACUGGAAGCCUAACUCUGCAAACUGACAUCUACAAUUUUGAUGCUGUGGUGGUGGCUUCGGGUCAUUAUCACGCUGCCCGAGUGCCAGACAUUCCAGGACUAGCAGACUGGAAACGACAAUGGCCAGAACGAGUAGAGCAUUCGAAGAGCUUCCGGAAGCCAGAAGACUAUAAGGGAAAAAAUUUUCUCCUCAUCGGCGGAGGCGUCUCAUCAACUGACAUCGCCCGUGAAUUGGCACCUUUCGCAACAAACAUCUACCAAAGCCACCGCAACGGGGCAUUCGAUCUUCCGGCGAGCCUUCUGCCAGAAAACACCGUACGGAUCGACGAGAUUUCAUGCUUCGAGCCACUCACCAACAGUUCUACGGGUGCACCUCUGAGCGACACAGAUCCACUCCCAUUGACAAUCACCCUCAAAUCCGGGCGCAAGUUAUGCAAUAUCGACCAUGUAAUACUAUGCACAGGUUAUCAUGUGACGCUGCCGUUUCUUCCCCAUCUACACUCGGACUCCACCACGUCGGACGCAGUGGACGACACAGUGCUCGUGGCGGAUGGAACGCAGAUGCAUAACCUUCACAAAGACAUCUUCUACAUCAAGGACCCGUCUUUAUCAUUUGUGGGUGUUCCCUUUUUCACAGCUACAUUCACACUGUUUGAAUUCCAGGCCAUGGUGGUAGCGAAAGUGAUCAGUGAGCAAGCGAGACUACCAACCGAACAAGCCAUGCGAAGAGAGUAUGAUGAUAAGGUCAAGACCAAGGGAUACGGCAAGCACUUCCACAGUCUCCGAGGGAUCGAGACGGAAUACGUUGAGGAUCUCUUGGCUUGGGUGAAUGGUGAUUUAGAGAUCGCGGGAAGACAGAAAUUGAAGGGCCAUACAGAGGUCUGGAAGGUGGUGAAACAGGAGCAAAUAAAGAGAAUGGAGGCUAUGUUUGCUGCGCCGCCAGGUACAACUAGAGAACUAGGGAUACUUUCACAUAAUCUUGCACUUGCAACUCUUCUCCCACUUUCAAACAUACGAUGUUUACCAACAUUUCAUCCAUCUAUCUCCAAGUCCCGACCUAUUCCCGCCCAUCGAGCAAGACGUUCUGCCGAUCCCUCCCGGCACUGGUACUACUACCUCUGGGACACGCUCGACAAGCCCAAGGAGGAGAGAUGGUUCAUGUUUAAGCUGGAUGCUGCGUUGCUUACGUUCGCUUCACUUGGCUACUUCAUAAAAUACCUCGACCAAAUGAACAUCAACAGCGCCUUCGUCAGCGGCAUGAAAGAAGACCUCAACCUCUACGGCAACGAGCUCAACUACAUGCAAACCUGCUGGACCGUCGGCUACGUCCUCGGCGAGAUCCCCUCCAACAUCAUCCUCACCCGCGUGCGGCCCUCCAUUUGGAUCCCCUCCAUGGAAGUCCUCUGGUCCGUCCUCACCUUCGCGCUCUCCCGCGCCGACUCCGCGACCAAGAUCUACAUCCUGAGGUUCUUCAUCGGGCUCGCGGAGAGCACGUUUUACCCCGGCAUGCAGUAUAUUAUUGGGAGUUGGUAUAGGAAGGAGGAGCUGGCGAAGAGGAGUUGCAUUUUCCAUACGAGCGCAUCGAUUGCGACCAUGUUUAGUGGGUAUUUGAUGGCCGGGGUGUAUGGGCUGGAUGGGAGGCAUGGGUUUAGGGGGUGGCAGUGGUUGUUCUUGAUCGAUGGGGUCAUAUCGCUCCCAAUCGCACUGAUGGGCUUCUUCUUCAUCCCAGACGUCCCCGAGAUCUCCAAGCCCUUCUACCUCACCCCAUCCGAAGUCCAGUUCGCCGUGAAGCGCAUGGAGCUCGAGGGCCGGCAGAAGCGCAAACCGUACACGAAGGCGAAAAUCCGCCGCAUCUUCACCAGCUGGCACAUCUACGCACUCACCCUCCUCUACAUCUUCUUCAACAACGGGACCGCGGGCGCGGCCCCCAUCUUCGCGCAGUACCUCAAGGCGAGCAAGCACCCAAAGUACACGGUCAAACAGAUCAACACGUAUCCGACCGCGACGAACGGGAUGACGGUCGCGGCGACGUUGGUGUUUGCGUGGACGAGCGACGGCUUGUUCAGGGGCGCCAGGUGGCCGCCGAUUGUGUUCGCGGGCCUCGUCAACAUCGUGUGUUUUGUGUCGCUCGCGGUUUGGACUAUCCCCGAGGGGUGGAGGUGGUUUUGCUAUAUUAUAUCUGGGAUGAGUGGUGGGUUGUCCGGGUUGUGCAUGGCAUGGGCACACGAGAUUUGCACCCGUGAUAAUGAGGAGCGCGCGAUUGUCAUUGGGUCUAUGAACGAGAUGGCUUAUGUCCUGCAAGCCUGGCUUCCAUUGAUCGUGUGGCAGCAGGUUGAAGCUCCGCAGUAUAGGAAAGGUUUCAUAACGAUUACUUUCCUCAGCGCGGCACUCAUAGUGACGGCGUUUACGAUUCGCACUCUACAUACUAGAGAAUUGGGUAAAAGGGCAGGGGGUGCUGUGGAAUCAGGGAUUACUAGAGAGGACAGUGCUGGUAGCGAGCGAGAAAGCUCGGUCGAGGAGGUGGUUGUCAGCAAAGACGACGAUAUCUCUAGAGCGAAGAGAGUUGAUAGUUGA